GCAAGAUGCCAAUCUUUAUAACAAGGCAGCUCCCGAGUUUCACCAGAAGCGACAAGGAGGCAGUGAAAUCCGGGCGUACUUUUCGCCAUGGCUACAUUAUACCUGAUCUGUUUGUCUCUCACACUUGGGGUUGUACUCGGUGCUCCUGAUAACCGUGGGACAGAGUUUGUGCUCGGUUUUACGGCCAACUAUGCCCUUAGUUACAAGCCAGAACUUUAUGUUACAACUUCCAAAACAACCGUAGUAAACGUCCAUGUAUCAGCACCAAGAUUCCCUGCAGCCAAAUUGGAUACAAGAUUCACCGUCACUGCUGGACAGGUAAAGAAGAUUGACAUCAACAAUGUUAUCCGUGGAGCUGGUACAGAAAUGAGCACAAAGGGAAUUCUUGUGGAAGCGGAUCAAGAAGUUGUUGUUUAUGGAACAAACAUUGAGAUUUACUCAAAUGAUGCCUACCUCGGGUUUCCUGUUGAUGUACUCGGAAAAGAAUACUACACAGUGUCACAUCAUCCUACUACAAAGGAAUGCAACUUUAUGGUCGUGGGUGUACAUGAUGGCACCAAAGUGGAUGUUAAACUCGGAAGUCAUUCCUCCAUCGAAGUAAACUAUAAUGGAAAAUGGUAUUACAAGAAUGAAAUUAUAUCGGUUAGAAUGAACAGAUUCGACACUCUCCAGAUUCAAACAUAUGGUGACUUGACUGGAUCAUACAUCACUUCCGAUAAGGUCAUUACGGUUUUCUCCGGAAACAGACGAACCAGCGUACUUCCUGGUACGUCACGUGACACCCUGGUAGACCAGAUGAUGCCAGUAGAUACAUGGGGAUCAAAGUUCGCAAUAGUACCGACACCCAAGAGAACCACUGGUGAUAGUGUCCGCUUUAUCGGGUCCGAGGCCAACACAAAUGUUAAAAUAAAAUGCAGUGGGUCUUUCAGUACGUCAUUCACAUUACAUGCUGGAACGUUUAAAGUAGUAAUUACCCCAAGCAACCAAGUGUGCUAUGUGGAAUCCACCAAGCCGAUCAUGGUGAUCCUUAUUGUUAUAAGCCAGACGAAAUCCAGCGAACCUGCUGACCCAGCAUUGAUCACAAUUCCACCAAUAGAACAAUAUGCAGCUGAUUACACGUUCUCUACUCCAAAAUAUUCUUACGGGGAAUACAACAACUAUGUCAUGUUUAUUGUGAAAAAAUCCGAGAAGAGCGGCCUUAAACUGGACGGCAAAUCCCUGGGGUCCUCUGUCACGUUUACAGAUAUUCCUAACACCAUCUAUUGCGGUGGUUACGCUACCGUUGCGCCAGGAACUCACACAGUGCGCCACGACUCGCCAAUUUCUGUUUUUGGUUGUUUUAUGUACGGAGCCAACAGAUAUGAGACAUAUGGUACCCCUCUUGGUCUCCGGAUGUCACCGAUUAAUACGGUAUGUGUGCCAACGACAACAGUUGUAGGUGACGGUAUUGACAAUGACUGUGACGGUCUGAUUGACGAGGAAAUGUGUACAGUCGAAAACAAAGGCAAAGAUGAUGACGGGGAUGGUAGGGCUGAAGAGGAUUGUGCCACGCCACCACCAAUUGACGGCAAAUAUACAGCAUGGGGAGCAUGGACAGCGUGCUCGGCUUCCUGCUCCAAUUCUGGCACUCUUUCUGGAACGAGAUCAAAAGUCCGCACCUGCACCAACCCAGCACCAAAAUAUGAUGGGAAACAGUGCGUAGGAAGUGCGGCAAUCACUGAAGCAUGUUCAAGCUCAACACCAUGUCCGAUUGACGGAAACUGGGGAAAUUGGGGAAGUUGGGGACGCUGCUCUGUAACGUGCGCUUCCGGAACUCAGUCAAGAUCAAGAUCAUGCAACAAUCCCGCUCCACAGCAUAAUGGAGCACAGUGUUCAGGUUCAUCAACAAGCUCUAAAAGCUGUAGCGCGGGUAUAAAUUGUCCAGUUGACGGUGGCUUAAGUACCUGGAGUAGGUGGGGAUCGUGCUCUAAAACGUGUGGUGGUGGAACUUCGGCAAGGACCCGUUCAUGUAACAACCCUGCACCAGCGUACAAUGGCGCGGCCUGCACAGGGGCACUAUCCGAGAGCAAGAGCUGUAACACUCAAGCUUGUCCAAUUGACGGAGGAUUUUCAGCAUGGAGCACGUGGUCUUCAUGCCCGGUCACUUGUGGUAGCGGUAAAGUAUACAGAGCUAGAACAUGCACAAAUCCUGCUCCUCAACAUAAUGGCCAACCUUGCUCGGGAGCAUUUGACGAGUCAAAAGGCUGUGUCCUUGGCAACUGUCCAAUUGAUGGUGCCUUCACCGACUGGACACAGUGGUCCACGUGCACAGUCACGUGCGGCACAGGUAGCAGCCAAAGAGAGCGCUCGUGCACAGACCCAGCUCCAGCACAUGGCGGCGCGGAUUGUAUUGGUGGUACGGAUGAAUCUAGGUCAUGCAACACUCACAAUUGCCCAAUUGACGGUGGUUUCGGACAAUGGACAGCUUGGUCAGCAUGUGGUAUAACUUGUGGAUAUUCAACACAGUCAAGAAGCCGACAGUGCGACUCCCCGGCACCGCAAUACCUUGGUCGAGACUGUAGCGGUGACCUUACUGAAACACAACAAUGCUAUGGUGGAGUCAUGUGUCCGAUUGAUGGUGGGUUAACAACAUGGACCGCUUGGGAUAGUUGCACAGUCACGUGUGCAGGAGGGACACAGGAUAGAACGCGCACGUGCACAAACCCCGCCCCUCAAUACCUUGGAGCAGAUUGUGUCGGACAAACCAGUGAGAGGCAGGAUUGCAACACCUUCAACUGUCCAAUUGAUGGAGGCUGGACUGACUGGACCGAUUGGAGUGGCUGCUCCAGCACAUGUGGACCAGGUGUCAUCACCAGGGAUCGCACCUGUACAAAUCCCCUUCCACAGUACAAUGGCAGAGGUUGUUUCGGGGAUAUACAAGACUCUCAGCCUUGCAAUGGCACAUGUACAGUGCACGGAAAUUGGGGAGAUUGGGGAGCAUGGACUACCUGUACGAAGACAUGUAACAGCGGAAGACAAGGCCGUGUACGAUUGUGUGAUGACCCUGCACCAACGCCCGAUGGAAACCCCUGUGUCGGUGAUGCCUUUGUACUUGCUUUCUGUAACACAGGGUCUUGUACUGGCGCCGGAAGUGGAGGAAGCGGAAACGGAACCGGAAGUGGAUCGGGAUCGGGAUCUGGCACGUCUAAUGAAGCCCAAUAUGUCAACAAAUGUCCAAACGGAUUUUUCACGUGUCAGAGUGGUAAGAUAACGUGUAUCCUUAACGAGUUCCGGUGUGACUGCGGAAACGACUGUUCCGACGGAAGUGACGAAUCAUACAACUGGGCGUCUUGUCCAACACAACUGGCAGCUCAGUGCGGAAAUAGUGCACCAGGAAUGAACGUACCAUAUGUGUUAUUCAUGUGUCUGUUGAUUGUUGCGAGCCUGACAAGACGUCUUUUCUAAACAUGUCACGUAACGUAAAACAAACCACAAAAAAAUGCACAUUUCUAAAAUUUUCGGACUGGAAAAUGGCUGACGACUACCGCAUUGUGCGGCUUUGUUUAUUUCAUAUGCGUGUCCCGAUGUUGUCCUAUGUGAAAUAUGUAAUUUACGGCAAUAUAAAUAAAACCACGAGUUGUGACGUGAAUCCACGAGAAGGAACGUGAAAUGACUUGAAGUAAUGAGGAACUAAGAGAAAAAGUUGUUUAAUAACGUGAGAUAUUUGUUAAGGACACUGGUACAUAUAAUAAUUCUUGAGUUAUUGGUCUUUCAGAGGGCCUCUGUCGGGACAUUCAGUCGAAAUAUAUUUUUUGCUGACUAAGCAUUAUUUUGUUGACGAAUGUAAAAACGAAUGAUUUAUACUUUUUCAGCCCAAAAUAUAGUUUGACUGUUGUAAAUAGUGUGUUUACCUAGCAUUAGAAAAUGUAAAAAAAAAAUGAACUAUAAAAACGUGUACAAACUCUAAGAUAAUCCUUGUUGUUGU